AUGGCGCUUGAUGCCCCGCCUGCGCCGGCGAAACCGGGGGCUGAGGAUCAAGAGAAGACCGGCCUCCCUCAUCUCCAGCGGCUGGUCUCUGAGCGCUCGACUGAGCCCGAGCGACUGGAAGAUGCUGUCGCCGCUGGUAUGCGGUUUCUCCAGGACCUCAAAGAACCUUUGGAGGGCUCUCUCGCUAAACUCUCUCGCACCAUUGUGGGCGUCGUGGGCAACACUGGAGCCGGGAAAUCGUCGGUGAUAAGUGCGGUGCUUGACGACGAACGCCUCCUGCCAACCAACUGCAUGAGAGCCUGCACUGCUUCUCCGACAGAGAUUUCAUACAACUACUCGGACAACCCGGACGAGCUGUACCGUGCUGAGGUUGAGUUCAUCACCGCUGACGAUUGGGCCAAGGAACUGCAAGCCCUGUACAGUGAUCUCCUGGACGGCAAUGGCGAGGUCUCGCGAGAGUGUACCAACCAAGACAGCGAGUGCGGCGUCGCCUAUGCCAAGAUCAAGGCUGUCUACCCCAAGAUGACCAAGGAGAUGAUUGCAGAGGCCACUCCUCAGUCACUGGCGAAUACCGUCGCUGUCCGACGGGUGCUCGGUACCGUCAAGAAGCUUCAAGCUACUACUGCAGCAAGUCUGUAUCGUCAGCUACAAACCUAUGGCGACAGCAAGGAAAAAGAUACCGAAAAGACCAUGGAAUACUGGCCCCUUAUCAAGGUCGUGCGCAUCUACACAAAGGCCGCUGCUCUGGCCACUGGCGCUUGUUUGGUCGAUCUACCUGGCGUUCAGGACUCAAACGCAGCCCGAGCUGCCGUCGCCGCCAACUAUAUGAAGGCAUGUACUGGUCUCUGGAUCGUCGCUCCCAUUACUCGUGCCGUGGACGACAAAACGGCCAAAUCACUUCUGGGUGACUCGUUUAGACGUCAACUGAAGUAUGACGGCGCAUACUCUGCCGUGACAUUCAUUUGUUCCAAAACGGACGACAUUUCUGUGACCGAGACAACAGAGAGUCUGGGCAUUGAGACCGAGAUCCACGAUUCCUGGUGUGAGAUUGAAAGACUAAACGAUGAGAUCAAACAACACAAGUCUGCGCUCGCCGACCUUAGAGACGAGCGAGAGGCUUGCGAUGAUCUCAUUGACAAGGCGGAGCAGUCCUGGGAUAAAUGGGAUGCCUUGUUGAGCAAGCUGUCCAGCGGCGUCACGGUCUUUGCGCCACACGACUCACCCGGCAAAAAGCGUAAACGGCAAGCCAAGACUCGGGGGAGCCGCAAAAAUGGCGACUCGAGUGACAUUGAUGACAGCGAUUACUCAGAUACAGAAGAUUUUGGCUCGAGCGAUAAAGAGAAUGAAGACGCGGGUGAGGGCCUGGGGAAUCAGGAACCCCUCACUGAAGAGCAAAUUGAAGAGAAGCUCGCUGCUUUGAAGGCCGAGAAGAAGGAAAUUCGAGCGAGAAAGAAGGAGAUCGAAGAGCAGGUCAUGGACCAUCGCAACAAGAUCAAGGAGCUUAUCGCUGAGCGGGAUGAACGGCUAUUCGAACGAGCAAUAAAGCAGGAUUUUGCCAUGGGCAUCAAAGAACUCGACCAGGAGAAUGCUGCCGAGGAAGACGAGGCCAACUUCGACCCGGAAGUGGACAUUCGGGACCAUGAUGCGGUCGCGGAAUCCCUCCCCGUGUUCUGCGUGAGCAGCCGUGCUUACCAGAAGCUGAGGGGACGACUGAGGAAGGACGAUUUCAGCAACGCUGGAUUCCAGUCGAUUGAGGACACUGAGAUUCCCCAACUGCAGGCGCAUGCUAGGAAGCUCACCGAGGCCGGUCGGGCAGCACACUCGCGACGCUUCCUAAAUGACCUGCUUCAGCUCCUCAACUUUAUGUCGAUGUGGGCCACUGACGAUGGUAAACGAUCGGAUUGGUCGGAUAGGGAGAAAGCCAACGAAGAAUCCCGGUUGCGGAACCGUCUCAGCAAGAUAGAAAAGGAACUGGAAGAUGCCCUGGAGAAAUGCAUUGCUUCGGUGAAGCAACAUCUCGCUGAAAACAUUUUUGAGAAAUUUGAUCAUUACAUACCGAAGGCUGUCGAAGAGGCUGUGCCGACGGUCACGUCAUGGGGUGCCCCCAAAGCUAUGAGUGGACUGGUUUGGUCGACGUACAAGGCGACAUGCAGACGAAACGGUGUUUUCCAUGGCGCUUCGGGCCCGCGAGAUUUCAACGAAGAACUCUUUGCCCCCAUCUCAAGACACCUGGCUACUGGCUGGGAGCGCGCCUUCCAGCGUCGCCUCCCAUCUUGCUUUGAUGACUUUAUCCGGACCACACGGGCCCUCCUGGAGACGUUCCACCGAGAGGCAACUGAGCGGGCAAAGGAACGCGGCACUAACUACGGCGGCUUGAAUAUGUUGGCUCAGCAGCUCCAAUCUCAUUCGCAGCCUUUUACACCUGUUAUCCAAGGCGGGAUGAUUCCGGCCUAUGAUGGCUGUGCUGCUGAGCGAGGGACCGGCUCCUUUAUGCGCAUGAAGAACAUAAUGAUCCGCCAUGUUACCACGUACCGCAACAGCAUGUUUCGCGACGCCACCAACGUUGUCCAGAAGCAACUUGAGGAUAUGUGCAAGCAGAUGAAGCUCGAAAUGGAGGAGUCUAUCCAAGAGCUGCAUGGGCGACUGUCGCGGGAUUACCUGUCGGUGCUUGUCGGGACUGAUGCUGGCUCCACCCUCCAGAGCGUUCCUCGUGUCGAGCGGAUGCUGCGCGCUGAGAUGGCAACUGUUUUGGCCAAGGCGGAUCUGCCGUUUGCGAAGUUCUUUGCUAAGCAGCCCGAACAAGAGGGUUGUCCUAUUUCUGGCGGUGGGAGGUAA